AUGGCGCCCAAACAGAAACCUUCUACGGACGCCUUCAAGCAGAAAAGCCUGACUUCUUUCUUUUCGAAGCCGUCAGCGACAAAGGGCAUCGCCACCCCAGCCUCAAAACCAACGCCAUUUAAAACUCCAGCUCCCAAAGCCAAACCGCAGCCCGUCGCAAAGGAAAAAGACGAACCUAGUAGCUCAAAAGACGCGUCAAAAGCUUCGGGGUCAUCAUCUCCCCAUGACCCCAAAACGCCAGACUCACGACUCCUCAAUGCGCACGCUCUAACGUUGUCUGCCGCUCCUAGUUCUGUCGCGUCGUCGAGAAUCGCGAGCACGCCCCCCACCAGCGACCCUAUCGAUGUGGACAUGCUCGCCUCUGAUGACGAAGAGACACAGGCAUCCUCGGCUAAAUCUGUCACCCAAAGUCGACAGAAACGCAAGGUCGUCAUAGAGGACUCUGACGACGAGAGUAAUAUUCUCAACGGCAGGCGAAAAGCUACAUUCAGAAGCUCAUCUCCCACAGACGCUAUUAGAAGUCAGGCCAAGAAACCUCGAUUGUCGCAAGUCAUAAGCGACGAAGAUGAUGAGGCUGACGACGACAUGAAAACAAAUUUCUCUCAGCGUCUUAGCCGCUUUAAAAAAUCACCAGCCAAGAAAGGGAAAGCUCGUUCCAGAGCCUCGACCGACGACGACGAUUUUAUUGUCCCCGACGAUUCAGAAGAAGAAUCGUAUUCCAAGUCUGCUAAAUCAUCCUCGCGCCGAUCUUCGAUGUCUUCUCGAUGUUCAACUGCCUCGGAGGACGACGAAGAGGCCGGCUUCGACGAAGACGACCUUGACUUGGAUGAUGACCUCCCGAAGAAGAGCAAGUCAAAGGGGAAAACUACCACCAAGUCAGCCGGAAGUAAGAAGUCGACCAAGACAGCCGGCGAUGCAGGCUCCGGAGGAGCAUUCAAUUUCCUCACUGCAGCGGAACAACGGGAGCAAGGCAAGAAGGAUGAGAAGAAGGCAGCGGAAUCUCCGUAUGGUUUCUUGCAGGAUGUCAGAGAUAAAGAUGGCCGGAAGCCCGGAGAUCCUGACUAUGACCCAAGGACUCUCUUGGUUCCUAAGAGUGCGUGGGCGUCAUUUACACCCUUCGAAAAACAGUUUUGGGAGAUCAAGCAGAACCACUACGAUACUAUUUUGUUCUUCCAGAAAGGCAAAUUCUUCGAGUUAUAUGAAGAUGACGCGCGAAUUGGGCACCAAGAAUUUGAUCUCAAGCUGACCGAACGGGUAAAGAUGUGCAUGGUUGGUGUUCCAGAGUCUUCCUUCAACAUGUGGGCAUCAAAGUUCCUUGCGAAAGGCUAUAAAGUUGGUCGUGUCGAACAAGCGGAAACUGCCCUCGGAGCUGAGAUGCGCAUGGCCGCGGAGAAGGAAGAAGGCAAGGCCAAGUCCAAGUUCAAGGCUAAACCUGCCGCAGGUGAUAAGAUCGUCCGACGAGAGUUGAACAAAGUUUAUACCAAUGGUACUCUUGUCGAUGCAGAGCUUUUGACAGACGAACAAGCGGGUCAUUGCGUUUCCAUCGUCGAAGCCACAACAGUCAGUGCAGACGGUAGCGAUCCUGAUUCAGAGCGCAAAUUUGGCAUUUGCGUUCUGGACUGUGCCACCUCUGAGUUCAAUCUGAGUCUCUUCGAGGAUGACGUCUGUCGAACUCGUCUCGAGACCUUGAUGAGGCAGAUCCGUCCCAAGGAGCUUUUUUAUUCAAAAGGGCUCGUUGUCCACCAACACUCAAAGGUUGUGAAGACGGUCCUGCCGUCUGGAUGUCUUUGGACUUCUCUUCGUCCCGUCGAAGGAUUCAAAUAUGAAGAAACUCUUGACGAAUUGAAGUCGAUCUAUCCUCCUGGCCCAGGUGAGGAUGUCACUAUGGAUGAAAGUGAUGCCUCGUAUGCAGUCCUUCCUGAAAGUGUCCCACUUCCCAUCCGGAACAUGGUGGAAGAGAGGUUGGCGAUCGAAGCUCUAGGAUCUAUGAUCUGGUACCUCCGUCAGCUCAACAUCGACAAAGAGAUCAUGAGCAUGAAGAACUUCAAUAUAUAUGACCCGAUGAAGAAGGGCAUGGGUCUUACACUUGAUGGUCAGACCUUGGCUCAUCUUGAGGUUCUUUUGAACAAUGAAGGCGGGGAUGACGGGUCUCUCCUGAAACUUCUCGGCCGCUGUGUGACGCCGUUUGGCAAGCGGUUGUUUAGAAUAUGGCUUUGUAUGCCUUUGCGCGAAAUUUCUGAUAUCAAUGCUCGUUUGGACGCCGUACAAGACAUUAUGAAUCACCCAACUUUCGAGGCAACCUUCACUGAAGUGGCGAAGGGUCUUCCCGACCUGGAGAGGAUUGUCUCGCGCAUACAUGCCAAGAGCUGUAGAGUUAAAGACUUCCUGAAGGUCCUCAAGGCCUUCCGGAAGCUGAGCAAAGGCAUGGCUAAGCUGGCAGAUGAAUCCGAGUCCUUCGAGAGUAAAACAAUCUUUGGCUUGCUGCGAGGUGCUCCAGAUCUUUUACCCAAUUUGCAAACUGUCGAGAGCAUGUUUGAACCUGCUGGAGACGAGAAGGCUGAUGAGCUUAUACCUCGUGAUGGCAAGGAUGAAAGAUACGAUGAAGUUGUCGAGGAGAUCGAUUCCCUUGAAAAGAACCUCGAAGACGAACUCAAGAAGAUGGAGAAGUCGCUAGGGUUAAAGUUAGCAUAUUGGCAUAGCGCUAUCGGAAAUAAAGAAAUCUACCUCGUCGAAACCUCCUCUACUGUCGACAAGGCUAAGAUACCCAAGGACUGGACGAAGUCGGGUGGAACUAAGGCUAAGAAUCGUUACGUCGUGGGCGGCCUUCAAAAACGUGUUCGACAGCUGAAAGAGGCCCGCGAAAACCGGAGUACUGCAAUCAAGGCCUUCAAAUUCCGACUCUACGCCGAAUUCGACACUGAUCGUGCGCUCUGGCUUCGUGCCAUCCGGGUCUUCUCGGAGCUUGACUGUUUGUUCAGUCUGGCGAAGUCUUCCAUGGCAAUCGGCGAACCCUCCUGCCGACCCGAGUUUGUGGGAAACGAUGAGGCACUGUUGGACUUCCAAGAGUUGAGGCAUCCCACGCUCUGUUUGAGUACGAGCCUCAGAGACUUCAUUCCCAACGAUAUCAAAAUCGGUGGCGAUGCGGGCAAGAUCGUUUUGCUAACAGGUCCUAACAUGGCUGGAAAAUCUACGGUCAUGAGAAUGACAGCGACGGGUGUUAUUAUGGCGCAACUUGGAAUGCUUGUACCAGCUUCCAGUGCACGACUCAGCCCGGUGGACAUGAUCGUUACGCGCAUGGGAGCAUAUGAUAACAUGUUCUCUCAUGCCAGUACCUUCAAGGUCGAGCUCGAUGAAUGUUGCAAGAUUCUCCGCAACGCUACACCAAGGUCCUUGGUUAUUCUCGAUGAACUUGGUCGAGGAACCUCAACUUUCGACGGAAUGGCGAUUGCUAGUGCUGUGCUCCAUGAACUCUCAACGCACACGCUUCCGUUGUCCUUCUUUGCGACUCACUAUGGUUCCUUGACAGAUGACCACGCAUACCAUCCAAAUAUCAGGACCAUGUACAUGUCGACGCUGGUUGACGACAAAAAACACGAGCUCGUGUUCCUCUACAAGCUCGUCAACGGUGUCGCCGAAUCCUCCUUCGGGACUCACGUUGCCAACCUCGCUGGAGUGCCUCUCGAUGUCGUACAACGUGCCGACGUCAUCUCCAAAGACUUUGCUGAAAAGUUCAAGGAGAAACUCCAGAUUAAGCAGGAACAGCAGGCUUCUGCGAGAAUGCCGCUUGUUGCGCAGGCCGAUUUCGCGUAUCUAUACAAAUUGGGUACCGGACAGCUCCAGCUUCCUGAGGAUCCCAUCAGAAGGAAAGAAGUCCUUUCCCGUAUGAAGGACGUCGUUCGUCGGUAUGUCCAGGCGCCGGCGUCCAAUUGA